AUGGCUACCCUGGGUAGCCAGCCCGAGAGGUGUCGAGGAGUCCGAGCCCCCUCAGCGAGCAGAGUUCUUCGCGCGCACCACGGAAGGCCUUUGAAAGCUGUGGGUGCACUAGCUGCCCUGUGCGGACUGCUGUUGAGCCAUGUGCAUGGCAGUUUUGCGGCAUUCGUUCCCGUUUUUCCGCGGCAGCGGGGUGCACGAGUGAGGCUUCUAGCUGCAGAGUCCGAGCUCUCGUCCAAGAAGGCCGAUCUCGUCGAGCGCCUCAAGGCAGAGGCCAAAGCGGCCAAGGAGGCACGGUCGAAGGGCUUUGCGACGAACACGCAGAGCUUGGAGCGCCUCAUCGAGAGCUUUGACUCCGAGAACCUGGGCCCAGUGGAGGCUGCUGAGAAGCUUCUCACCACCGAGGACCUGGAGUACAAUGACGCAGUGCUGAAGAAGCUGCAGAAAGCUAUGGGGCGCAGCCUGCAACGCGGCGAUCACGACUCACUUCACCUGACCGUGGAGAAGCUGUUGCAGUGGCCAGGGCUGGAGCCCACCCAGGAGGAAGCCGAGGCAAAUAAAAACGCGCAGUCUCUCCCGUUGUUUUUCACGAUGUUUACGGCGGUACGCGCCUACUGCAACGACAACGCGGAUUUCUUGGACAUGAUCCAGAUCGGCACGACUCUAGAGGCAUUGAUGAAGCUGGCCCGAAAGAUGUGGGCGGCGGAUGAACGCAUCAACAACGCAAUGACGCUGAUAUUGAACAAGGAGCUGUACGAGAAGGGGCGUGACCCGAUCGACGGGCCGGCGGACAUCAUCGGAACGCUGGGUCUACGAGAAACCUUUCAGGUCAUGGCCUACGCUGCCCUUGACAUGCCCAAAGAGGAGAUGAAGCAUGUAGAUGCAGUUUCUUCGAUGGCAUGGGCGCUGGCAACGGCCAGCGUCCCCUUGGCCUCGCUGCAAAUCAAGGUGGCCAAAGGCAUAUUGGCCAACAUCGACAAGGUCAUGCCUCCAGACAUUGGGAAGCUUUUCGUCGCCAUGCACGAGAUGGAGUGGUUCAAGGACAAGGACUCCAUCGCCUACCUGACCCAAGCCCUUGUCUCCCGAGUGCAAACCUUGAAACAGGAGGAUGCAGGCCUGGCCAAGGCCCUCGCGGCGCGCGUCUCUGAGGCAGAGGCUGAGGCAAAGGCGGAGGCCGAACAGGCAACGGAUGGGGUCUAG